GCCCUGCUGGAGCACUAUGACCAUGUGCCAGAUGACCCCGAGUUCACGCAAUUGUCCCAUGCUGUUCUGCUGGAGCUCGUCAUCGACAGACACGUCCCUACCUCACCGUGCUGCUGAGCACUGUGACCAGCACAGUUGUUCCCCUUCACAGAGGGCACCUUGGCCAAGACAGGGGCAGGGCCUAGAGGCAGCUGGCACCUCCUCCCCCAGGCCCUCUCUGCCCAAGGCCGCAGUGGAUUGGGGAUGACCCUCCUGCAUCUGCAACAAGAUAAGAAGCAGCUCACACUGCAGGAGAAGCCCUGACUAGACUCAGGGUACCGCAGGGCGCCCCUGCCCUGCAUGCUCACCCGGAGGCCCUGAGCAGCCUUCUUCCCGCUCGGAGUCCCAGCUCCGUCCUCCGUAAGGCAGAGGCUCUGAGCCACGGGAGGUGAGGCAGCCGCUCACCCGGCACUUGGCAAGCACUCAGGAUACAACCGAGGCAAAGCCCGGCCCCAAGGCACCCCAGUCCAGCGGGGAACAGCCAGGCAGAAAUUCUGCCUCUUGGAAGAUAUGGAAGAGGCCCGCGAGCUCAGCCCUCCAGGAGGGCUACCUGGAGAAAGCGGCUCCUGGGUUUGAAACUGGCCCCGCAGAACAUAUUCUAAGCUACUCUAAGUCCCUGAUGCUGGGGCCAGUUUCCCAGAGCCAGAGGCCGCUGGGUAUGUGGUAGGGCACAUCGGCCCCCGGCUCCACCCUAGCUGGCCCCGCCGUCUCUGCCUGCAGGCUCCUGCUACUGCUUCAGAGCUGCGCGAGCUACUUGGAGAACCUUGGUUCAGAGCAGACUGUGCCCCCCACCCACACUGUGGGGCCCUGCAUGUCUGUGGGGCUCACGGUGCGGUGCUUCUGGAAUAGCCUGCUGAGCCUGGACCUGCUCCACCGGCAGGCGGACCCCCAGAAAAAGGCAAACCAAGGGGAGACCCCCACCUCCGAGCCCACAGCCAAGGGCAAGCCAGCCAGGAGCCUUAAAUUUGUGACUGCCAAGUUCAUCAAGCCCUCCUCCCCAAUGCCAGACUUGCCCCAGACUUGCCAAGAGCUGGACAGCCUCCCCAUCAGAGACUCCCUGCAGUGUCCAGUGAGGGCCACCGAGCACACCAAGAGCGUCUAUUCCCAAACUGUGGAGACAGCCCUGGUGCCCUGCGAUGCAUGCACCAGCGUCCAGGGCAGCCUGCGAGAGGUGGGCAAGAUGGUCAUCCACCUGUGUCAGAGCCAGAACUUGCCCUCGUCCCUAGGCCAGUUCCAGCCUCUGGUGCAGGACAGCAUGGGGUUCAGGCCACUUCCAGCUGCCACCGUAGGCCACUGGGCAGCAGAGCAGAGCAAAGACCUGACUCGCCUCAGUGAGCACGUGGGGGCCCUCACUCAGCUCAUCGGGCCCCUCAGGGCCCAGCUGGAGGAGGCUGAGGGACGGAAGGAUGGACUGAAGAAGCAGGUGGGCGAGCUGGAGCAGGCUUUGCAGCAGGAGCAGGGGCAGCGGCGGCAGCAAGCAGACGAGGCCGCACAGCGCCUGGCCAGGUGGGAGCGUGAGAAGCAGCAACUGCUCGCAGAAACAAGUGACCUCAAGACCAAGGUGGCCACCCUCGAGGGGGAGCUGAAGCAGCAACAGGAGUCCACGCAAGCCAUGGAGGCGAAGGCCCAGCAGCUGCGAGAGGAGGCCGAGCACAGGAUGGUGGCCGAGGCACAGGUGCGGCAGCUGGAGGAGCAGGUUCAGCUGCUGGUGGGGCGGCUGGACGGGGCGAGCCAGCAGAUCUGCUGGGCCAGCACAGAGCUGGACAAGGAGAAGGCUCGCGUUGACAGCAUGGCCCGCCACCAGGAGUCCCUGCAGGCCAAACACCGAGCCCUGCUGCAGCAGCUGGGCAGCCUGGACCAGGAGCGCGAGGAGCUGCGGGGCAGCCUGGAUGAGGCCGAGGCUCGGCGGGCCCACGUGGAGGAGCAGCUGCAGAGAGCGCAGCAGCAGAGGGAGCAGGGGCAGUGCCAGCUCCUGGCCCAGCAGGAGGUGCUGCAGAGCCUGCAGCAGGAGAAGCAGGGCCUGGAGCAAGCAACGACAGACCUGCGGCUGACCAUCGCAGAGCUGGAGCAGGAGCUUGUGGAGCGGAGCGAGCGGGAACGGCUGCUGGUGGCCUUUCCAGACCUGCACAAGCCCGUCGAGGCCCAGAUCCAAAGCUCCGGCAGCGUCACAGAUGACAUGGAGAGGCAGGUACAGGCCAACGACAUCCGCAUUCGGGUCCUACAGGAGGAGAAUGGAAGGCUCCAGUCGAUGCUGUCCAAAAUCCGGGAGGUAGCCCAGCAGGGGGGCCUUAAGCUGAUCCCACAGAACCAGCUCUGGGCACCCCCCAGCAAGGGAAUCCAGGGGGCAGUGUCCCCAGCUCAGGCCCAGAGAGCAUCUCCAGGGCGGCAUGUGCCUGGCAGCAGGACAGCCAGUGUGGGCAAGACUGUGCCGUGCCAGCCCCGGGCGUCCCCACCUCAGCAGUCUCGCAGUCCACCCAGCAAGUCCACCCUGGAGGAUGUGACCCACCCGACCACUUGCGCCCAGAACCCGAUCCGGGCCUUGACCAGGCUGAGAAGGAGACUGUCACCAGGCCAGGGCCUGGCUGGCCUUGCACACCAGCCCCAGGAGCGGCCCACAUAGCCUGCAGUGAGGUGGGGUGGAGGGCAGGUACUGGCAACCCACCCAGUGUAAUAAAGUCCAGCCAUCCGCCCACAGUGA